AUGAAGCCAACAACCGUCUUCAUCCUUUCCGCUGCCAGUCUGGCCAGUGCAGUGGACAUGAGCCCUUACAAAGCGGGAGUUGGCGUCGACGAGGGAUUCGCUACAUUUGUCGAGGAGUAUUACCGCAUCUCCGAGGACAAGACGGCAACAAAUACAUUCACCGAUUUCUGGACCACGGACGGCGAACUGAUAAUCGCAGGCAACACAUACAAAGGGUACAAUGCCAUGCUGGGGGUUAAGCAGGCUCUUCUUCCGGUUGAUGGCAACAAGGCAUGGUGGCAUUUGAUCCGUGGCUCCGAAGUUGUGGGCGAGGCGGCAGACUCCAAGACAUACAUGGCAAACAUUGUGAUUCAGACAAUAUACACCCCGGGGAAUUGUUCUCAGGCAUAUGGCAAUGCAUCCUUCACAUUGUUGAAGGGUGAUGAUGGCUUGCCCAUCCUCACACCUCACAGUCAAGCAUUGACUGUCUACAAUUUGAGUGUCUCAACGACGGCAUCACCAACAGACAUUGCCUGCACGACGUCCUGAUUCACCUAAUAUUCUUUGGCGUUCCAGAUGCGGGUGGUGUGGAAAC